AACUUGUACAAAUAUUUUGUAAGUCUUAGGCCCUAAAAAUGUCCGCAGUGGCGGACAAAAAGAAAAUCCUGACCAGCGUGGAGUACACAAGGAUCUGUCAAUUCGUUAAUGGAUUCCAUGGACUAGCCAUUGACUGCGAAUUCGAAUUGAGGAAUCGGUACUUUACGGAUGUGAACCCGCUGGCCCUGACGUGCAUUGUGCAAACGGAGCUGUUCAACAUGUCGCGCGGCCAGCACUGGCGGCACGACCAUCGGGCAAAGAAGCUAUUGAAGACAUAUGAGGAGCAAGCUCAUCUGUAUAACGACAAUGCCCUGAUUAUACGCAUGGCCUGUGCCGAGGGCGCCAAUCCCGUGGCCAUGUGCCGCGUCCUGCUGCAGGAGAAAUAUGACCUUAAGCAGAGGCCCCAGGUCUCCCGUCUGCUCAAGUAUCCGCAUUUGAUCAGCGAUCCCCAGCUGGCUGCCAAUGUGCAGCAGUGUAUGUACAGCGACAACCAAGAGGGUCCCAUCACAGAUCUUCGUCGGCGCAUAAUUGGCGAGGAAUACGAACUGAAGCUGAAACAGCUGGCCAAGGAGGCCGGCAUUCACUUCUACGAUGAGCACGACCUGCGUCGCCUGGGCUACGACAAGACGCCCGACAUCAAAAUGAUACUGCCAUUCCUCUACAAGGGCACCGUGGUCAAUUGGAUCGAGAGCAAAGCCAAUUUCGGCGAUCCCAAGAGCCACAAGUGGAACAUUAAUCAACAGUUGCAGAGCUAUUGCAAUCGUUUCGGCCCUGGCAUCAUCAUAUACUGGUUCGGCUACCAGGAGGAGACUCCCACUCUGCCCGACAAUAAUAUAGGCAUCACCGUGCUUAUGGACUUUCCAGCAAAAGAGGAUUUGGUCUUCAUGCAGCUAGCGGAGUGUCAAUCAACAGCCAAAAAAUCAAUAGCCCCGAGCCCAACAACAGCAGAUCCCCACUCUCUGUCUGCAGCCGGGGAUCAAUCGACGACGGCAAUCGCGAAAGGAGCUCCGAACCCCUUGAGUGGGGGAUAGUAGUGGGAUAUGCAGGGUAGAGAAUAGUAGGGAAUAUGCCGUUUUUUAUGUCUUCUAGUUUUUGUAUCCAUUGAGAUUUGUGCGUCCGUCACGACAUUGUCUGUUUUAUAGGCAAACUUUCUUUCUUACAAUUUCCCUUUAUUAAUUACAUAACUAGUUGACAACACAAUUUUCCAACAUUUGGAAAUAUGUCUGUAGCUUCUAGUAGGAAUCAAGUCAAGACGCGAAUGCAUUGCAUUUAAUUAAACAUUGGCUGGUUAGGCCGACGCAUGACAAAUGCUGUACUACAGCACUGAAACUCAUUUAGGUUUUUAACAAUUUUUUCUUUUUAUUCUGUAUUCAUAAAUUCUCAUUUACACACGAUUUACUCAAAUUGUUAUAGUACAAAAACAUUGGUUUCUCCUCUUUUCUGGCAUUAUUUGUUUUGUAUAAAACUAUAAAAUAUUGUAAUUCUUGUUUCUGAACUUAAUCCCAAAAGGUGGCAGAGCAGAGCAGAGUAAUUAUUGUUCUUA